UACAGCUUACUGCUAUAGGCGCUACCACCGGGCUCGGCUCACUAAACGGUCCUCGGCUGUAAAAUGCACUAUUAGGCGCCGAGCAGCCGCCUUGUAGCUGUCAGCGAGCGCCGCGAGGAUCUCCACGGUCAACACUCCACUUGGAGGAAAUCUGGACUAACUGUGAGGAGUAGGACGAGGAGGAGGAGGGGGGAAAGAAGGAUUCAUGGAGAUUCCGUGCAGCUUUAUCGAGCAAAACGCUUGGAUUAUCUGAUUUGGGACGGAGCGCUGAACACUGCAAAAACGAAGACUUUCUCUCUGUGGUGCCACCACCGUGUCCAACUGUAGCCCGCGAAGUGAUUUGUUUUUAGCUGGGACUGCAGUUUUCGGAGCCCCGGUCAUGGCGGACCAAGAGGAGACGUUUGCCCUUGAGAACUCUCCUGGUGGUUUGGAUUCAAGGGAAUUACAGUCCGAUAAUAAAUCAGAGAAACAGAACGGAACCUCAAGCAAAUCCCCAUCAUCUCAGACAACUUACAUCCAGCAGGGAAUGGAGGCAAUAAAAGUCUACUUGCACGAGAGGGAACUCUGGGUAAAGUUUGACGAGGUGGGGACGGAGAUGAUCAUCACCAAAGCUGGACGGAGAAUGUUCCCCAGCUUCAAAGUGAAGGUCACAGGAUUAAACCCCAAAACUAAAUAUAUUCUCCUAAUGGAUGUUGUUCCUGCCGACGACCAUCGAUACAAAUUCGCCGACAACAAAUGGUCUGUGACCGGGAAGGCAGAGCCCGCCAUGCCCGGCCGGCUCUACGUCCACCCGGACUCUCCCGCCACGGGGGCGCACUGGAUGAGGCAGCUCGUCUCCUUCCAGAAGCUGAAACUCACCAACAACCACCUGGACCCGUUCGGACACAUAAUCCUAAACUCGAUGCACAAGUAUCAGCCGAGGAUCCACAUCGUGAAGGCAGAUGAAAAUAACGGCUUCGGCUCCAAAAACACGGCCUUCUGCACUCACGUGUUCCCCGAGACAGCCUUCAUCGCGGUGACGUCCUACCAGAACCACAAGAUAACCCAAUUGAAAAUUGAGAACAAUCCGUUUGCAAAAGGCUUUCGUGGAAGUGAUGACAUGGAAUUACACCGGAUGUCCAGAAUGCAAAGUACCAAGGAGUAUCCAGUAGUGCCUCGCAGUACAGUGCGCCAGAGAGUGGGCUCCAGCCAGAGCCCGUUCAGUGGGGAAGUCCAGAGCAUUGCCACCCCGAGCGCACUCAGCUCCCAGUACUCCCAGUGUGAGAACGGGGUAACAAGCACCUCACAGGACAUGCUGCCUCAGUCGGGCUCCUACCCCCUGCCCCAUGAGCACGGCCAGGAGUACCACUGCAUCAAGAGGAAAGUGGAGGAUGACGGUCACUCUGGUGAGCAGAGCUAUAAGAAAGCCUAUCUGGAGAGCUCGUCCAGUGAGGAGGACCAUUACUACCGUCCCGUUGGCUACGCCCAGAGCCUCGGCCUGGCCGGCGGGCCCUACCGCAGUGAAUCCAGCCAGCGGCAGGCGUGCAUGUAUGCCAGCGCCUCGCAGGGUGCUGAGCCAGUUCCUAGUUUGGAGGACAUCAGCUGCAACACUUGGGCCAGCGUUUCACCCUAUGGGAGUUGCUCCGUCACCACCAUGCAGCCAAUGGACCGGCUGCCUUACCAGCACUUCUCCGCUCACUUCACCUCAGGGUCUCUGGUGUCCAGACUUGGCGGGGUUGGGGGCCACGCCUCUCCGCAGCUGGGCGACGGCCACCACGCUGCCAUGUACCAAAGCUCCAUGACCCACCAGACUCUGGGCCGCCAAUGCAGUCCUGGGGCCGGGAUCCAGUCGCCAGCAGCUGGCCUCCAGGGAAACGAGUACCUCUAUACACACGGCAUACCGCGUACACUGUCGCCACACCAGUAUCACACAGUGCACAGCGUCAGCAUCAUGCCCGAGUGGAACGACAACAGCUAGAGCUUUCGUCACACUCAGUAGAUACACAUAUUCAAAUGAAAAACAAAAAAGGACCAAAACAAGGCAGGUUUAGAUUUAUAUUUAUAUUUUUAGAGGGUGUGUUGCUGAUCAUCUUAAGGAGAUCCGAGUGGUUCACUGACAGCAGUGGAUAUUGUUCAGAUUGUGUUGAAUUAGGAAAGCAAGCAUCUUAUCGCUUAACUUGUGACCGCAUCUGCACUUAUAAGCAAAGAACAUGAACAUGAACAAAGAGGAGCUGGACCAGAACAUGUGCAAAGACGGCUCAAGUGCAGAGAAGGUGGACGCAGUGGAAGUUCAGACACUGCACCGAAGAACUCCAAAAGGUUCAUUUGCUUUGCCAGCGGUCCCAAAGUUCAUGGUGUUCUUCGCGGUGGUGUUUAUUGGAUGUUAAAGUACAAAACUCUUAUUUUGAAUUCAUGUGCAGAGUUUGUGUAAAAAACGAAGAAAAACAAGACGUUUGUCUUCUGUCACAUUAUCCAGAGUUCUCAUUUUCUUUUCUUUUUUGUAGUUAACUUACUUUAUAGUCAAAUUUCAAUAACUUUAGAAUGAAUAAGCAGAUGGGAGCUUUUGUUGUGGCUCAAUUUGCUUGCUCUUAAAUCAGUCCUGUUCCCGGGUACAUUUACAUUAGGGUCAAUAAUUCAAUCUUAAUGCCAUUAUGUAAAGAAUGACAGUAAAGAUCGCAAGUAGGACAGCACUUCAAUUUGAUAGUUUAUUCAUGCACAAGAAUUUUGAGCAGACACCAUUUCUCAUCGUUCAAGCGGGCAGUGACGAGCUAAGAGAAGCACAACGAUGUAGCCAAGGACAUUAUGGGGAUAAUAAUGAAUACAGUAAAGACUGGAAUUUUAACCUGGACCUUUCAUCCCUGUUUUUGCCAUCACAUCCACGAUUUGAUUCAGCUACUUGUUUGCAGGGUGCAAUGCAUUAAAACGUAAUCCACCCAAAACCUGAAGAACUGAAAAAAGUUACUUGACCUGACCUCCUACAUUUUACAGAUUUUUGGUUGAUUUGAGAUUAAUACCGAUUUACAAAAAGCAACAUAAAAAUAUAUAAUAAAACACAACAUGUAUUGUCUUGAUCUUAUAAUAUGGAAGAAUAUUAGACUUCAAGUCAUCAAAUGUCCAGAAAACCAAAUGAAUGUAAAGGUUUUCUCUGUGUGGUCAGACAAUGGGUCGCAAACACAUUCCUACUUCAUAAAGGUGAUCAUGUGUCAGGGCUGUGCGGUUGUUGCCUUCAAGUGGCCAAAAAUAAACAUUCAUGCAGCUUUAAGGGGUUGCAAUUAUUGGAUCACAUCUCCAUGAAUACCAACAGUUGGAAUGAGACAUAGACUGAAAAGGCAUGAUCACUGUUUAAGACUCUGGUUUAACAGGAUACUUCAUAGUACUGAGAACAGCUUUUCGUCCAGUGGCGGAAAUGGAGGAACAACUGGCAUUAUAUAUAAUCCAUGAUUGACAGUGUGCCAUCAAAAAACAACGUGCAAAAUUAGAGAACUGCUAUUCUAUUUUUUUGUUCCAAUUCUACGAAAGAAAAAAGCUUAAUUACUCUCAACGAAUCAUAAGAUAAGGCAAUCAUAUAAAUAGUAACUAUUUGGUUAGGCACCAUAACAAUAUUUGAACCUUUUCAAGAAAAUCUGGUCUGAAAACAGUUUUCUUUUAAAGAGUCGGUGUUCAGCCAUCAAGUGUUUGAAAUGUUCACCCAGCGGCCCGUUCUGAGACAACAAGACAGUUGGCAAGUCUAAGUGAUGGAUGCUUGAAUGAAUUGUAUAAUACAACAUACUAUCCAUUGGGGAAAUAGGUGUUCCAAACUACAGCAGUGUAGUAUUCAUGAUAAAUUCAGAUAUUUUGACAAUGUUUUUUUGCAUUUAAAACUCCGGAAAUAUUUUUGUGCCCUCUUUUCCUGACAUACGGUAACAACCCUGCAAAGUUUGAAAAAGAUUUCUUAUCUUUUUCUAUCAGCCCAAGUUGUGUGUUUCAUGCAGUCUCGUGCUUUUCUCAGUGAACGUGUAUGCUCUAAAAUAUUUUGUAUUAAUCCCCAGAAUGGCACUUCUCUGGCAAUCAAACUAAAACAACAUGUACCACACCGAUUGUACAUUUGAAAAAGCAAACAGAAUUUACUUACACAUUAUGAAGCAGUUCCACCAUACACAUUAGUGUAUGUUAGAGGUGUGUUUUACAUGUGGACAAAAGCAAUUUUUAUUUUUCAACUAUGUCAAUCAGCUUGCUCCUACUUGUGUCAAAGAUAGAUGGUCCCAUUUUUUUUAUAGCCAGUUUUUUUAUAAUUGUUUAUAGGAUUUUCUAAUCAUACUUAUAAAGAAAUCAGGAGAUUCCUAUACAGCUGUAUCAAAAUACGAUUGAAACACAUGGAUUACUUUGUAAAUACACAUGUACAUAACAGAAUACCUGCAAUAAAUUUUUAAAAAAUUAA